AUGGAAGAGUAUGUGGAAUGCAUAGAGUUGACAGGGGUGAAAUUCAUGGGAAAAAAGCAAGUUGGAAUGGACCAGAGAUAUCUCAUCUUCUUUUUGCAGAUGUUAGUCUUCUCGUCACUAGAGUUACUCGACAAGAAUGCCUACAGUAGUUGUAUUCUCAACAAAUACAAAUUGGCAUCUGGGCAUAAAAUUAACUAUGAAAAUUCGGAAGUAUCUAUUAGUAACAAAGUUAGCAGGGAGGAGAAAGCAGAUUUGAUUGAUCUUAUCCAUAUGCGACAGGUUCAUAAACAUGACAAGUAUCUUGGUAUCCCUACUAUUUGUGGUAAAUCGAAGAAAAUGAUAUUUCGGAGCCUUAUGGAUAGAAUGUGGAAGAAGUUAAGAGAUUGGAAGGAGAAACUUUUGUCGAGAGCAGGAAAAGAGGUGUUAAUUAAAGCUGUUAUACAAGCUCUUCCUACGUAUCUCAUGGGUGUUUAUAAGUUACCUGUUGCGAUCAUUCAAGAGUUCCAUUCGGCUAUGGCUCGGUUUUGUGGGGAAGAAAGGAGAGGAGAGGAAAAUGAAAUGGGUUGGCUUGGAGAAGAUGUGUAA